GUGCUGCUUCCGGUUACUCUGGGACACACGAGUCUAAGCUGCCGCGGGGACCGGCCGUGACUGGCGAGGGCCUACGUUUUCCAAGAAGUCCCCGCCAGGUAGCCCAUCUGCCGCCACCAUGUCGGGCAGGAACAACAACAAGCUGCCCAGCAACCUGCCGCAGUUACAGAACCUGAUCAAGCGGGACCCGCCAGCCUACGUCGAGGAGUUCCUCCAGCAGUAUAAUCACUAUAAAUCCAAUAUGGAGAUUUUCAAGUUACAACCAAAUAAACCGAGCAAAGAUCUGGCAGAGCUGGUGAUGUUCAUGGCACAGAUUGGCCACUGCUACCCGGAGCAUCUCAGUAACUUCCCACAAGAGCUAAAGGAGCUGCUCUCCUACAAUCACACUGUCUUGGACCCGGAUCUCCGAAUGACAUUUUGCAAAGCGUUGAUCUUGCUGAGAAAUAAAAAUCUCAUCAACCCAUCGAGUUUGCUAGAGCUCUUCUUUGAGCUUCUGCGAUGCCACGACAAGCUCCUGCGGAAGACUCUGUACACACAUAUUGUGACUGACAUCAAGAACAUAAACGCCAAACACAAGAACAAUAAAGUGAAUGUGGUGCUGCAGAAUUUCAUGUACACGAUGCUGAGAGACAGUAACGCCACCGCAGCCAAGAUGUCUUUGGAUGUGAUGAUCGAACUCUACAGAAGGAACAUCUGGAAUGAUGCUAAAACUGUCAAUGUUAUCACAACUGCCUGUUUCUCCAAGGUCACCAAGAUCCUAGUUGCUGCUUUGACUUUCUUUCUCGGCAAAGAUGAGGAAGAGAAACAGGACAGUGACUCAGAGUCCGAGGAUGAAGGACCCACAGCGAGAGACCUGCUGGUGCAGUAUGCCACGGGGAAGAAGGGCGCCAAAAACAAGAAGAAGCUGGAAAAGGCCAUGAAAGUGCUAAAGAAACAAAAGAAGAAGAAGAAACCAGAAGUGUUUAAUUUUUCAGCUAUUCAUUUGAUUCAUGAUCCUCAAGAUUUUGCAGAAAAGCUUCUGAAGCAGCUAGAGGGCUGUAAGGAGAGGUUUGAAGUGAAGAUGAUGCUCAUGAACCUCAUCUCCAGAUUGGUGGGAAUUCACGAGCUUUUCCUCUUCAACUUCUACCCUUUUGUGCAAAGGUUCCUGCAGCCCCACCAAAGAGAAGUUACGAAGAUCCUUCUGUUUGCUGCACAAGCCUCUCAUCACCUGGUGCCGCCAGAGAUUAUUCAAUCAUUGCUCAUGACGGUGGCCAACAAUUUUGUUACUGACAAGAACUCUGGGGAAGUCAUGACUGUAGGAAUCAAUGCUAUAAAAGAGAUAACAGCUCGGUGUCCUUUGGCCAUGACUGAAGAACUUCUCCAGGACCUGGCUCAGUAUAAGACGCACAAAGAUAAGAACGUGAUGAUGUCUGCCAGAACUCUGAUUCAUCUCUUCCGGACCCUGAACCCUCAGAUGCUGCAGAAGAAGUUCCGGGGUAAACCUACUGAAGCCUCCAUUGAAGCAAGAAUACAAGAGUAUGGAGAGUUAGAUGCUAAAGAUUACAUUCCAGGAGCAGAGGUUCUGGAGAUUGAGAAAGAAGAGGAUAUAGGAAGUGAUGAAGAUGGAUGGGAAAGUGCCAGUCUCAGCGGGGAGGAAGAAGAUGGUGAAUGGGUUGAUGUGCACCACUCUUCCGACGAAGAGCAGCAAGAAAUUGCCAAGAAGCUGGACAGCAUGCCCAUGGAGGAGCGGAAAGCCAAAGCUGCAGCCAUCAGCACGAGUCGGGUUUUAACGCAGGAUGACUUCCAGAAAAUCCGAAUGGCCCAGAUGAAGAAAGAAAUGGACGCUGCCCCCGGGAAAGCCCAGAAAAGGAAAUACAUCGAAAUCGACAGUGAUGAGGAGUCCAGGGGUGAAUUGCUGUCUCUGAGGGACAUUGAACGCCUUCACAAAAAGCCCAAGUCUGACAAGGAGACCAGACUAGCCACUGCAAUGGCAGGAAGGACAGACCGAAAGGAAUUUGUGAGGAAGAAAACCAAAAUAAAUCCGUUUUCCAGUUCCACAAAUAAAGAGAAGAAAAAACAGAAGAACUUUAUGAUGAUGCGAUAUAGCCAGAAUGUCCGGUCAAAAACCAAGCGCUCCUUCCGGGAGAAGCAGCUGGCACUGCGAGAUGCACUUUUGAAGAAGAGGAAAAGAAUGAAGUAACUUAGCAGCAAGUUAUCCAUCUGCCAGACGCUAGCAAACAUUUGCUUACAUUAAAAGAUCAAGAACCUAGUUUAGAAACCACAGUAACUUUUGAAACAAUUUAGUAUUUUUAAUUUGGAGGUGGGACUGGUGGGAAUGUGAAAUGUAAAUAGUAGUGAUGUUAAGAUCUCUUAUACCAAGUGCCUCCUAAUUGCUGCUGCAUACAUAGCAGGUGUACAUAAGUUGUUUAUAGUGAGCUGUAAAUAGUCCCUAUUCCAGGGCCCUGGGGCUCCUCACUAAGUGCAGGGAUGGGAGUUGUGCAUGCUCUUCAAACAGGACAGCGUUACAAGAGUAAGAGGGUCUUGCUUGUAAAUAGGCUUUCCUGCUGUAUAGACUGGGUACACAAUCCAUCCGUUUUGUUUUGUUUAUAUAAAAAGUUUUGGCUAAGACCUCGCUUUUUAAAUCGCCUUAAGUCUAGUGAUUUUGAAAUGUUUAGCAAGGUGAGUGACACACACCCAUAAUCCCAGCAUUCCAGAAGCUAAGGCAGGAGGCUCGUUGGAUUAGAACCAACUUGGGAUGUACUGAGUUAUCAGGGGCAGCCUGGGCUGCAUAGUGAAACCCCAACCAGAAACGCAGGCAGCCUUAGAACUUUCCAGGCCUGUUCUCUGUUGCCAGGGAUUUCUUGUCGAGGGGCCUGUUCUCUGUGUCUGUUGCUGGGGAUUUGUUUUUGUUGCUGUGCUUCGGACCAACCCUAGGGCCUUUUGUUUCCCACUAAGUGGAUUCGCUGCCUCUGAGCUUCGAGUCCAGCCCAGACUGCCGACUCUUCCCAUUGGCUCAGUCAGCUCCCUUCAUUCUCAACUCAACCCAUUGUUUGCCUUGUUCUCAUCAAUGCUUACAUGAUUAAUGUCAGAUAGGUGUGUGCAGUGAGCAGGCACUCUUGAUCCCUUGUGGGACCCGCUCUGCAUGCAGGCCACUGGAUUUAGAAAUGGUUGGUGCCUUUUGCCUCAGAUAGCUUAGGUAAUCUUGUAAUGAGAAGCUGUUGCAUGUUUGGAUUAGAGGAAAGGGCAGUUUUCUGCCCCUCUGAAUUAGUAGCAGCUUCUACUGUUCGCUUCCCCUUUCCCCUUUUCAUUGUUCUGCCCCGUCACUUUCCCGAAUGGUGCCUGGGUGACUGUUAGGGGAUUGCCCAGCAGCCUCCCUCACCCAGCACAGUGGUGGGGAAGUGUGGGUGCAGAUGUGUGUCAGCCCUGAAGUCAGCGGGGCUCUCACUCCAGCUGCAGCUGAGCUUUGUUGUAGCUCCUCCGGCCCGCACCGCCCAGCUACUGGGGUUUCAGGCACACGCGGGGCUACUAGGGGUCAUGGCCAGGCCUCAGCAUAUAAACCCAGAAUACCAGCACAUUUCCUGUGUGACAUUAGCCAAUUUCACUGGUAUAGAAGUGCCACACACCUCUUCUGCCGAAUCCCUAGUGCUAGUUAGGUGUGUCCUGUAGUGUCGAGGGCACAGCACUGUGUGAACACCUGAUUUAACCCCUGCCUGCCAAGGCUGUCUGUAAAUGUUACACCGCCUACCUCUCUCUGAGUAAGUUGUGUUUUGGUGGGCUUUUUUCCUUUCCUUUUUUUCUUGUAUUAGUUAAGUUGCUGUGUUUAUUUUAGCCACCAAGGCCAGUGUUUUGACAGCUAUUUUAAAAUACAUGCUGAAUGUCCACUGUGUAUAAAAUAAAGCACUGUUAGGUGCUUGCGGCUGCACACACAGUGUUUGGGUCAUGUUGAGGGAAACAUGACGUUCCGUGAGGAUACAGCCAUGCUUCAUCACGAUCCGGUCACUACAGUAGACACACACUGAGUCUUCACACUGGGCUGAGCAUCCCCAUUCCCCGUGGUGGGCAGGGCGGCGCUGUAGACAACUUGUUCUUGAGGCCUGUGGUUAAGUCAACAUGCUGUUAGUAUAAUUUUUUAAAGGAUGUAGUUAACACAAAUUUUGUUUUUAUUCAUUUUCUGAUUCAUUGAAAAUUUAGAAUAUAUAUAGAAUAUUGCAUUAAAAUUCUAGUUUAACUAAAAUGUUUACUUGUUUUGAGUUUUCUAUUUAAGCUUAGCAGAUGUUUAAGCUGUACAUAGAUAAUGUUGCUCCCACAGGUAGUGUCCUCUCAUUAAUUCCUUGCAUGGUUGGAGUGUAUUUUCUGAGAUUUAAGAACAUUCAGCCAGCCAAGCGGUGGUGGCGCAUGCCUUUAAUCCCAGCACUCGGGUGGCAGAGGCAGGAGGAUCUCUGUGAGUUCGAGGCCGGGCUGGACUGACAGCCUCCGAAACAAUACAGAGAAACCCUGUCUCGUAAGAGAAUGAGGCAGGGCAGGAAGUUGCUGUGAGUUUGAGGCCAGUCUGGGCUACAUAGCAAGAUAGCAAAACCCUGUCUGGGAAGGGGGAUAUGAAACCAAGAAGGGUGGAGAGAUCUGGACUACAAGAAGGAAUCCGCGGCACCUGGAAAUCUAGUUGCGGUCCAGGCUGCUGGGGGAAGCCCUUUCCUGGUCCUUCUCACCUCUGUAAAGAUGCAGAGGCCACAGUUGCUUCUGCUGCAGUCACAUAGCAUGCUCUUCUGUUUGCAUAGGUUCUCUGUUACCUUCUCUUGCAGAUUCUGUCUGUGUGUUUUAUCAGUCUAAGUGGUUAAAGGAUGAGAAGUACUUGUAGUAAAAUCCAGUAUACAUGUGGGAGAUUAUAAAAAACAUACAGAAAAUGUGCCAAAUAUUCUGGGGACGGGGUUGUUGGGAUCAUGUAUAAGGUGUGUUUUCCUUCUACUUUCUGAGUCAUGGUGUAUUUUUUUAAUGAAAACAUAUUCUUUUUUAUUAAUUUUAAAUAGCUUGUUUUACAUGUCAAUCCCAGUUCCCUCUCCCUCCCCUCCUCCCGCACCCCCCCAUGGUGUAUGUUUUUACUUACAUCAUUGUGUAAGAAACAGACAAAACGAGAUGGCGAAUAAAGGUUUGUGGAGAAUCA